GCCCAUCUUCUUUGGCACCCAAAAUAUUAGUGGAUACCCUACCCAGACCCAUCAACCGUCGUUUCGAAUUGGAAGCACGGCAACCAGCGACUGUUUGUAAUUUUGCCUGCGCUUCUCCUACAAUUUGUCGGCCUUCCCUGCGUCUAAUCAAAUUCCACACUCUCUUUUAAGAAUCCCCUCACAAUAGAAAAUUCACUUUUCGUUUCUACAAGCAAGUCAGAACAAUGUCUCUAAGCGACCAAUACGACUCUGGAGAAGAAGUAGUAGAUGAUGAUGAACUCUCAAGCAGCGAAGACGGCGACGGUUUCGACGAGGACAUGGAAGCCCUAAAGAAAGCCUGCCUACGUACCGGGACCGACCUUAACGACCUUCAAAUCACCGUCGCCGACAAAGACCUACCCUCCACUGCGGGCGCCGUCGCUUCCGCCUCGGCUGCGUCGGCGGAUUCUGGCAGCGAGGAUGAUCUGGAACUUUUCCGGAGUAUACGGAGUCGUUUUGCUCUUUCUGAGGACGUUUGUGAGCCUCUGUCUAUGAAGCCUCUCUGCACUCUUCCUCCAAUUUCUUCUGAUGACGAUGCUGAAGAUGAUUUUGAGACUCUUCGCGCUAUCCAGAAGCGGUUUUUGGCUUAUUCUACCAACGAUACCUGGAAAAACAGCACAGCGGAUCACAUAGAGAAAACAGAGCCCAUUUAUAAGAGUAGCACACCCUUGGAGGAUGCAACAUGUGAUAAUAUCUGUGAACAAUUUCAAGAUUAUGAGAAGGCUGACAAUAUCUCCCACUUUCCAAGUGACAACACGGAGAUGCACCCUGUUGGUUUAGUUCAGUGGAACCAGUCUGAUGCCAACGAGUUAUCUACAAUGGCAGACAAGUCCUCGAGGUUUCCAAAAUCUGCACAGCUGCUCAUUAAUGCAAUUAAAAAGAACAGGUCUUAUCAGAAGUUUCUUCGAAGUAAGUUGACUCAGAUUGAAGUGAAAAUUGAGGAGAACAAAAAAUUGAAGGAACGCGUUAAAAUUCUUAGAGACUUUCAGGUUUCUUGCAAAAAAAUAACAGGCCGAGCCUUAUCAAUGAAGAAGGAUCCCCGUAUACAAUUAAUUUCAGCAAGAAAGUCAAGGACUUCUAAGGAUCUUGAGGUUAAUGAUAAAAAGGUCACUGCUGAUUAUGGUCCACCAGAGAAUUCUAGUGCCUGUAAUUACAGAAUGGCUUUAACAAAAUUUCCUCUUACACUUCAGAGGAAAAAAUGGACCAGGGAAGAAAAAGAAAAUCUUGAAAAGGGAAUACGGCAACAAUUUCAAGAGAGGGCGCUUCAAUUUUCAGUGGAUUGGUUGAGUAGCUCAGAUGGGUCAUCUGGAGAUGGAAGCAAUUUGGAUAACAUCAUUGCAACAGUCAAAGAUCUUGAAAUCACGCCAGAGAUGAUUAGGGAAUUUCUUCCCAAAGUGAAUUGGGAUCAGUUAGCUUCAUUGUAUAUCAAGGGUCGUUCUGCUGCAGAAUGUGAAUCACACUGGCUGAAUCAUGAAGAUCCCCUCAUCAAUCGCAAUCCAUGGACUGCUGAAGAAGAUAAGAAUCUUUUGUUGAUUGUUCAAGAAAAGGGGAUUGGUAACUGGUUUGAUAUUGCUGUAUCAUUGGGGUCAAACAGGACCCCAUUUCAAUGCCUGGCACGGUAUCAGAGGAGUUUGAAUGCAUGCAUACUGAAAAGGGAAUGGACUGAGGAGGAGGACGAUCAACUUCGAAUUGCUGUUGAGGUUUUUGGUGAAUGUGAUUGGCAGUCUGUGGCUUCUACAUUGAAAGGACGGACUGGCACUCAAUGUUCUAAUCGAUGGAAAAAAUCACUUCAUCCAACCAGGCAAAGAGUUGGGAGAUGGACACAUGCUGAAGACAAAUAUUUGAAAGUGGCUGUGAUGCUUUUUGGGCCAAAAAAUUGGAAAAAAAUAGCUGAAGUUGUUCCUGGUCGAACUCAAGUGCAAUGUAGAGAAAGGUGGGUCAAUUCUUUAGAUCCAGCUUUGAAUUUGGGCAUAUGGACUAAAGAAGAAGAUUUAAGGCUGGAAGCAGCCAUUGAAGAACAUGGAUAUUGCUGGUCAAAGAUUGCCACAUGUAUGCUUUCACGAACUGAUAACCAGUGUUGGAGGAGGUGGAAGCUGUUGCAUCCAGAAGAAGUGCCUUUGCUUCAAGAAGCUAGAAGAAUACGUAAAGCAACUCUUAUAACUAAUUUUGUAGAUAGGGAAUCUGAGCGUCCUGCCCUUGGCCCUAAUGAUUUUAAUAUUUCAUUACCAAUGAUAACUCCAACUUCAGAGCCGGAAAAUACAAUUCUGCCGAGUAAAGAAAAUAGGAAAGAAAGGGGAAGAAGGCCAGAAUCUGAGCGAGAAAAUGAUGCAGCAUUAAGGCACUUCUCAGAAAAUAGGAGACACCAGAGUUGUGGAAAACGAGCUCAAGCUUUUUCUGUUGAAGUUCCGGGGAUGAUCAAUGAAAAUGAGGCUAAGACUGCUAAUGGGCAUGAUGCUGCUAGGAAGAAACAAAGAAACCCAUAUUCAGAGAACAAUAAUUUUACUGAACCUGCACAAGUUGUUGCCUUUCCGAAGAAAAGAAAGAGAAAACAACCUUCAGGAAGUAAUAAUUAUACUGAAGCAGCGCAGCAUGUAGCCAUUCAAAAGAAAAGAAGAAGAAAACCACCUUCGGGACAUACUAAUUGUAGUGACCAAGUGGAGGAUGAUGUUGUUCAGGUGGAGAAAAGAAAACAACAAGCAGAAAGCAAUAAAUGCAUUGAAUCAAUGCAGGAUAAUUCCUCAUCUCAUCCACUUUCGACAAUGUGUAUGACCACCAAUCAAGAGGCUGAAUCAUUUGGUAGUAGUCUUACUAAAAAGAUGAAAAAGAAUCCCAAACUGUCACUUAAACAGUGUUCCAAGAGGGUACAUGCUGAAUUAGGUGAAGAACAGAAUUCUGUCUGUUCUGAAAAUUCUGUGUUUUCAGGAGGUAUUGAUGGUGCUGAAGUGAUGCAGAACAGUGUAGUAGUAGUUGAUAUUCUUGGUGUGGAUGAUGCUUCUGGUGAGAGGAGUACUGCUAAACCAGGAUCUAGGACGAAAACACACAUGAAUUUAUCAACCUCUCAAAGUUCAAGGAUCACUGGUGCUGAAGGCUUUGAGAACUUUUCAUCAAAUAAAAAUACUAAAAAGAGGAGAAAUAGUUCUCUAAGGCAAUACUGCAGGAGAAGAAAGAGCAAUGUGCCAUCUGGAGAUGAAGAUGACAUUAUGCUUGCUUCUUUACUUCAAGAUAAAUUGAAGAAAAGAAUUCCCUCAUUCACAGAUGGAGAUAAGAAGACACCUGCUUGCUUUCUUCGCAACAAAUUGAAGAAGAAAAGGCAUCAAAUUGUUGAAAAUGCUCCUUUAUCAACUUUGAAAGGAGAGGAUCAAAGUAGAAAGAUAAAUCAAAUGCGAUCUGGUUUGCAACACUGUGAUUUGGUAAUUUCUGAAAAUUCUGCAUUCCACAGUCGCUUGAGGCAAACUAUUAUGCAUAGUGACAGAGACAUUGGGGUAGUUGAUGUAGUUGAUGUAGUUGAUGAUACGGUGGCUCCCCAUGAAGUGGUGAGAGAAGCAAGCAGGAUGAAUGAGGGAGGUAAGUUGCAGGCUGAUGACAUUACUCUUGCUUGCUUGCGGAGGAGAUUAAAGAAGAGGCGGCUAUCCAUUGCGCAAAAUGGCAAAACCAAGGAACUUCCUCUUGAAUGACAAGGGGAUCCGAACUGCCUGCCGUAGAGGUUGGUGAACUGGAAGGCACAAUGAUUGAUUGCUUUGAGAAUUUUGUAUCUAGGUAAACGUUAGAUAAUGCAGAGAGGAAAUGAGAUGAGAAUAUUGCUAUUUGCACCCCACUUUUGUAAUGAGAUUGUUUUUAUUUCUUAGGCAGCCAAAACACCCAAUUUUUUUUUUUUUUUAAAAAAAAAAGUAGCCGCAGAGAAGAUGAUGAAACCAAGUAAAAUCUGCACAGCCUCACCCUUGCUCAACAUUCAUUUGCAUAUUAAAUGAUGAGGAAGUAUUAUGUUACAAUCUAAUCUUAUUCCUGUAUCUAUCAAUGGUUAAAUGACUUUUAAGUUAGUUCCAUGGGUCAAUCCAUCCAAAACCAGAAAUAGCAGGAACCAAGCUGUCCAAGGCUGCUUUUAAAUCAGCACUAUGGCACAAGGAAGCAAAAAUUGCAUGGAGAAAAAGCAUUUAUGUGAAUAAAAUUAGCAAGUAUAAGCAAAAUUCGAAGUUUAAAAAUAAAACUCACAAUCAAAUAUCUGACCUUGUAUUCAGUCAGCCAAUUCACCUACUAAUUAAUAAUUAGGUUAACAAAAUUGCUGCAAGGCCUACAUAGUAAAUAAUAAGCCAGCCAGCUAGCAAAUAAACGUGGCAUAACCAGAAUAAAUUAUUUAAUUAUUCUUUUUAAAUGUCAAUUUUACCCGAAUAAUUUUUUAAACUAGCAAUCUUAUCCAAAUCAAAUUCCCCUUCCCGAUAAA